UUAAAAGAUUUAUACUUUAUGGUUGAGGUAUGAUUCAAAUUGCUUACACAAUCGAUGUCAGUUGAAGAAAUAUGCAGGAUAAUUAUUCAGUGAGACGGGUUGAAAAGAUUGGGUUUUUGAACAUCCAGUAGAAAAAAUGAGAUUGAUCGGGUGUCGCAGAAAGUGGCUUUUAACCAUAGGGACUGCACUGGUGGGACUUUUAUUUCUACUUACUGGGAAUUUUCAAUCCUGUGAGGAAGAUAUGAUGCAGGGAAUUUGGGAAAAUUCCAUAGAUGUGGGUAACAGACGGUGCUUGGAUAUCUUUUACAAAACUCUAAAUCUGUCUGCUCAACAGUCGAUUUGUUCGCAAAUUAUUAGAGGAGAUCAGACUGCUGUUGAAAAGGCUCUUUUAAAUUCCAUUGAUGUUACACGUCGUAAGACGCCUUUGACUGAAAAUCAUUAUUUGAAUAUGACACGGGACUGUGCUGCAUUUAUAAGGAAGCGCAAGUACCUUAACUUCGCAUUGAGCAGGGAAGAGAAGAAUUUCCCCAUUGCCUAUUCCAUUGUAAUUCAUCAGAACAUCGAGAUGUUUGAAAAACUGCUCCGGACCAUUUAUACUCCGCAAAACGUGUACUGUAUCCACGUAGAUCGGAAAGCAGCAGACAGUUUUCAACUCGCUGUGAGAGCUAUUGCCUCUUGUUUCCCUAAUGUUUUCGUUGCCAGCAAGUUGGAGAAUGUAAUCUACGCGUCUUGGUCGCGGGUCCAAGCUGACCUGAACUGUAUGGAAGAGCUGCUCCAGAACCCAGUCCGCUGGAGAUAUUUCAUUAACCUGUGCGGAAUGGACUUCCCCCUUAAAACCAACGCAGAGAUUGUCAGAAACCUCAUUGUCCUGAAUGGGAAAAACAGCAUGGAAUCCGAAGUGCCCUCAGCAUCCAAACGGGAGCGGUGGCUGUUUCAUCAUGAAGUUAAAAAUCAAAUAAGCAGAACUGAGGAGAAGAAGGCCUCACCUCCAAUAAGUACUCCUAUGUUCACUGGAAAUGCAUACUUUGUGGCUUCAAGGGAAUUUGUGAAUCAUAUACUUGAAUCUCGUGAAAUCCGGAAAUUUCUGAAGUGGGCAGAAGAUACAUAUAGUCCCGAUGAGCAUGUUUGGGCUACUCUGCAGAGGAUUCCUACUGUCCCAGGCUCCAACCCCUACAAUAGCAAGUAUCAUAUGUCAGAUAUGAGAGCCAUUGCCCGCAUGGUGAAGUGGUCCUACAUGGAGGGGGAUAUAACCAAAGGCGCCCCUUAUCCCAAGUGCACAGGAACACAUCGUCGUGCAGUGUGCAUCUACGGUUCUGGUGACCUUCACUGGAUCCUGCAACAACAUCACCUCUUUGCCAACAAAUUUGAUCCUGAAGUAGAUAACACAGCUGUUGAGUGCUUGGAGGAACAUUUGAGAUAUAAAGCAAUUUAUAGAACUGGUUUGAUGUAAAAUUGCAUUUUAGUUCAUUCUAAUUUUCCACUUUUGUUGAUUCUUCAUAAUGUCACAUGAUGCCAUUUAACAUCCUCCAACAACCAGAUGAGGUAGUCCAAAGCUCCUUAAUUAAUUGUAUCAAUACUUGUCAGAAGAUAAUCUUUGAAAUAUUUCAUCCAUCCAGAAUCACUGCACAUUUUGCCUUCUCCCCUCUGCAAUAUCCUGCUUUUUCUCUCAUGAUUCCAAUAUUUUCUCCUCCACUCUACUCAGAGUAUAUUCUAAGUGCUGAUCACUCUCUGCAUUAAUGUAACCUUUUAGUAAUUAAACUUGUAUCUUUAUUCGGUUUUCAAUGACUUUCCACAGUUCACUUUUCAUGUGGAGGAAAAUGGGAGAUUUUGAUCAUAUAAAAGGAAAACCAUGUUCAAAUUUAUUUGCUGAAUACUGGGGUUUGAUGAAAAUGUGAAGGCUAUUCCAUUGUUAUGUCACAGUUAAUCAGGACCUCAAUUCCAUUCAUCCAGCUGUGAUCUGUGAUCUUUGAUCUUUAUUGCCUCUUGAUCUCAACUGAUCAAACACUAAAAAUCGAAACUCUCAACCUUGAAAAUUUUAAUUGUUAUUUCUUAUCUCUGCUUUGUGAAUGAGUCAAUUCACAUUUUCACCAUCUGUUCUGUGAACAAGUGCUUUCUGAUACCAUUCCCCAGCAACCUACCUCUAAUUCAGGAGUAAUUCUGCCUACCUUUGGAUUCCUGUACAAGAAGAAAUAGUUAGGAUAUGUGGUUGGCUUGGACGGGUUCAACCAAUGGGUUUGUUUCCAUGCUGUACAUCUCUAUGACUGUAACCCUCAUCCUCAAACCUUUCAACAAGGUCAAUUAAGCCAAACCUCAACUAUCUGUACUCAAGUCUCAUGGACCAUUUAUUUUAAAACCUCCACACUGCUCAAAGUCCCUUCUAGUUCAUUGUUUCCCAAAUUAGAUUAGAUUACUUACAGUGUGGAAACAGGCCCUUCGGCCCAACAAGUCCACACCGACCCGCCGAAGCGCAACCCACCAAUACCCCUACAUUUACCCCUUACCUAACACUACGGGCAAUUUAGCAUGGCCAAUUCACCUAACCCACACAUCUUUGGACUGUGGGAGGAAACCGGAGCACCCGGAGGAAACCCAUGCAGACACGGGGAGAACGUGCAAACUCCACAAUAACUCCCUGCUUGAAUUCCUCAGACAUCACUUCUACACCUGCUACAGCACCGAAAUAGUUCUUACCAAAGUCAUAUUAAUUUUUGUAAAAUAAUUAUUGAUUGUUUGCUCGCCUUGUCCCUUUCCUCACCCCAGUUCUGUCUUUAACAUGAAUCAACACACCUUUACUUUAGAAAUGAUUUUGUUUUUCAUUCUUAUCUAUCUGAUUAUCCCCAUAAUGCAUCUCAGGGCAUGUUCUAUGAACAGCUACCACCUGUAUCAUUUGUCCAAGAAGAUUUGCAUUCGUGUUAUGGACUCGACCAGACUCUCCCAAAGUAUAUUAUGUAAAUAGCCUAAAUCCUAACUUUUAUUUUUUUUAUAUAACACAAGUGUAAGGUGCUGUGUACAAUUUGUUUGGUCCACCAAUGUAUCAAAACACACUUUAUUCUGAUAACACAGUUAAAAUACAACAAAAAGAAGAACUGGCAUAACUGUAUUGAAAUAUUUAACAAGAUAAACUAUUAUUUAACCACUAACUUUUCCAAUAUAGGCAGCAUCCCAUAAUCACAUCCUUUGGCAAACAUGCAAUUCAGCAAAACAGUUAUGACUCUCAUGAGCUGUCACUCUUCAGACCAAAAGAAUGAAAUACUGAAAGAAACAACCUGCUUCUUUUAACAUUUAAGAGGAAGCAGAGAACUUCAGCUUUUAGCUCCAGCAGCCAGUAGAAACUUUCUCACUAACCGAACACAAAACUUGAAGCCCUCCUGAGUCUGCUUCUUUAUCCGACUUAAAAAACAUUCAGGGAGAAUUUAAAACUGUUUACGAACUGCCUGUCUGAAGGAAACAUUACCACUGUGGCAAUACCCCAUCGCAAGAGAAACAGCACAGAUAGCUCUCUUAAAUGCACAGUAUCAUCAUGCCUUCUCCCCUUAAAAAAACCAUCCACAUUUCAUUUAUAAAGUCUUUCCUGUCACAUUAUUACUACUCAGCAUGACAGAUACCUUGUAUUAGCUCUGAGCAUGAACAAAAUUCAACAAAACAGUUACUUCAGUCCUUUUUUUUCAUCACCAAACAGCUCCGUCUUCCUUCAUCAAUGUGCUGGCAAGUAUGUUCUCUCAUCCUGUCAUGUUUAAUUUUCAAACUGAAUGGUUGUAAUAAUAAACUUUUUCUGAAUA